AUAAAGGUCUCCUAAUCAGCCCAGUGUGUCUGUCACCUCAUGACUAUCACCAUGAACACCUUGACUGUCUUCGUCUGCCUCGCCGCCGUGGCCGCCGCCUCCCCGCAGUUCAGGAAUCAGCCCCGCCAGACCUUCCAGGACGAGCGUCAGGUGGCCAUCUUGAGGGACGACCGCCAGGACUCCGGCGACGGCAACUUCAACUACAACUUCGAGGCCGAAAACGGAAUCAGCGUUUCUGCCUCAGGAACCCCAGGCUCUGAGGGCCAGAGCAACAUGCAAGGCAGCUACAGAUUCACCCUUCCCGACGGAACCAUCGCCGAAGUGAGAUACGUCGCCGACGAGUUCGGAUUCCGCGCCGAGUCCCCCCUCAUCCCCCCCCCACCCCCCCCGCCCACGCCAUCGAACAGAUCCGAUUUGCCGAGGAACAACGACGUCGUGGAAUCACCUUCUAAGAUUGAAAUGGACUGAAAAAUGAAACACUUCUUAUCAAUACAUAUGAUGAUUCUGUAAAUAUUUAUCACCAUCACAAUAAAACGGGCAUUGUA